AUGAAAUCAUCAAUAAUAAUAGUAUUGGUUGGAAUAACUCUUUUUCUCUUUUUAACUACAAUGGUCACAAAUUCUACAUUUUGUGGAAUGCAAGAUGGAACUAGUAAAUGCCCCAAAGAAGAACAUAAUGGUAAUGCUACCGAUUCUUGUUGCAAAAAGAUUGGCUCUUACCAGAAUGAAUGGGGAUGUUGGGUAUCUUCAGAGAAUGGUGUCUGGGAGAAGUUCAGUAAUUGUUGUCUCUACGAUUUUGAUUGCCAAGGAGUCAAGUUUUAA